AUGAGGAGCAACAGCAGCCUGAAUCCUUUAUACUUUCAGUUCACUCUGUUUGCAGACUAUGGGCCCCUCAGAUAUCUCUUCUUUAUUCUGUGUCUGUUGAUCUACAUGACUAUAAUCUCUGCUAAUGUUGUCAUUAUUCUGACAGUCUGCCUGGAGAAGUCCCUGCAUCAGCCCAUGUAUAUUUUCAUCUGUAGUCUGUCUUUGAACUCUCUGUACGGCUCGGCCGGCUUCUUCCCCAGGUUUCUGUCUGACCUUCUGUCUGACACUCAUUUCAUCUCACGUCCCUUCUGUUUCAUUCAGAUGUAUGUUAUUUACAGCUAUGCAGCAUGUGAGCUGACUAUUCUGAGCAUCAUGGCCUACGAUAGACUUGUUGCUAUUUGCCAGCCUUUACAUUAUCACAGUAAAAUGACGGUGAAGACGGUGACACAGCUUCUAAUGUGUGCUGUGCUCUACCCUGCUGUUGCUUUUGGCUUCUGUGUGUCCCUUACUGUUCGAUUACCGCUGUGUGGAAAUAAACUGCACAGGGUUUUCUGCUCUAACUGGCCUGUGGUUCAGCUCUCCUGUGUGGAUACGACUCUGAACAGUGUAGCAGGACAGUUUGUUGGAAUAAUAAUCUUCUUCCCCCUGUUCUUUAUCCUGUUCAGCUAUCUGCGUAUUCUGCUCGUUUGCAGGAGAAGCUCGUCUGAAUUCAGAGGAAAGGCGUUACAAACCUGCCUGCCACACAUCGUCACAUUUAUGACCUUUACUUUGUGUCUUUUUUGUGAGCUCGUGCUGAGUCGUUAUUAUAAGGCUAUUGAAGUUAAUCCAUUUGUCAUUUUUGUUUUAUCUCUGGAGUUUUUGAUAAUUCCCCCGAUCAAUAACCCUCUAGUUUAUGGCCUGAGUCUGCCUCAGAUUAGAAGAGUGACUUUUAGAGUUCUGAAGAUGCGCAAAAUGAUUCCUGCCCCAAAACACAAGGUCCAACAUGCACAGAAAGCCUCUAAUAGAGCCCCAUUUCACCGUUAA